AUGAUCAAAGAAGCGCUAAUAGUGCGAGAGAGAGUGCUGGGGCCGUACGAUUAUCGAACUCUCUUGAGUGUAGAAAUCCUAGCUGGGGUGUUAUCGAGCCUGGGAAAUCAUGUCGAAGCGGUGGUAUCGAAUAGAAGAGCUCUGCAGGGAUUUCAGCAGACAUUAGGUUCCCUGCAUCCCUUCACGCUUACAAGUACCAGCAAUUUGGCAUUAGCGCUUCAGCAUCUGGGAAGAUACAAAGAAUCGGAGAAACUGAGUCGCCUGGCACUAAGUGGGAGCAAGAUACUGAUGGGUUUGUACCAUGUGGAUACACUGACGAGCAUGAGCAACUUGGCGCUUGUAUUGCAACUUCGAGGUAAAUAUAAGCAGGCGAUGAGGCUGACUCAGCAAUCCCUGAAUGGCUUUUAUAGUAUGCUCGGAAAGUAUCAUCCUUCUACACUUACUGGUAUAAGCAACUUGGCAAUGUUGCUACAGUAUCAAGGCAAGUAUGAAGAAUCUGAGGCACUGCAGUGGCAGUGCUUAGAAGGUAGAAUAGAAGAGCUCGGGUGGUAUCACCCCUCUACGCUGAUAAGCGUCAAUACUCUUGUUUCGGUGCUGCGAUAUCAGGGCAAGUGGAAAGAUCUAGGGCAGUUGUAUCAGCGAUAUGAGGAAGCGCGGGUUUAG